CGCGCUGCAGGUAAAGUUACGCACGCCACUCACCUGUCGCUCGAGCGCACCUGUUGCACCGUUCUACUGUUUUUCUUCAUAAAAACACUUUUAAACAGGGUUUUACGUUUUUGUUUGUUCCAACAAGGUCUUCCUCGUCGUCUUGGCCGUCUUUGGAACAAACUUCUGAGAUUGAGACUUGAUGAGUUUUCCACAGGAGUUUUUGGAUCACUAGAAAUCAUCGGCGGACUGAGGAACGGUGGAUUAUAGUUUCUCUCAGCUGAGGGGUGGAUGUCGUAGAACAUGAGUGCUUUGGGAACCCCAACGAUACCGAGCAAUGGGGUGGCCAGAUCGGACAGCAAGAUCAGUGCCAAGGCCCUGUUCGAACAACGAAAGAAGUAUUCAAACUCAAACGUCAUCAUGCAGGAGACGUCACAGUACCAUGUGCAACAUCUCUCCACAUUCAUCAUGGAUAAGACCGAGUCCAUUGCGACGGUGGAGGAUGCCAUUAAGAAACUAAUCCUGCUCGACUCCAAAGACAAAAUCUGGACGCAAGAAAUGCUGCUGCAGGUGACCGACCAAUCCAUCAAACUGCUUGACUGCGAGACCAAGGAGGAGCUUGAGAACUUUCCUCUGUGUACAGUCCAUCACUGUCAGUCACUGCUGAAUCAGACGCGAUACCCCUCCGUCCUGCUGCUCAUCUGUCAAGACAAUGAACAGCACAAACCAGACAUUCACUUCUUUUACUGCGACGAGGUGGAGGCAGAGAUGGUGCACGCUGACAUUGAUAGUGCUCUGGGAGACAACAAACGUGGCAAGAAGACGCGACCACAGACGCUAAAGAUGAACCAAGAAAAGAUGAAACGCCAUCGAGAAACCAUCAUCCCGCCGUCUGAGAUUAAAAGUCCUGGCCCCGGGGGCAAAGGUCGUGUGGCAGCUACAAACAUGAAAGAUGAUUUAUUGCCACAGGAUCCUGAUUCCAGUUUGAAACUCACUCAGCGCAUUGAGAAGGACGUGCAAAUCCUGAACUGUGCUUUGGAUGACAUCGAGAUCUUUGUGGCGCGUCUUAAUAAAGCAGCAGAAGCUUUCACUCAACUCAACCAGCGUAACAGGAGCAAGAAAAACAAGAAGAGAGGACCAGCAGAGGGGAUGUUAACUCUACGAGCCAAGCCUCCAUCAGAAGGCGAGUUUAUUGACUGUAUUCAGAAGCUGAAACUCUCUUUCAACCUGCUGGCCAAACUGAAGAAGCACAUUCAGAACCCCACGGCUUCAGAGCUUGUACACUUCCUGUUUGGACCCCUUGAACUGAUCCUGCAGAGUUGUGGCAGUCCAGAGCUGCCGCGUGCAGUCAUCUCUCCUCAUCUGUCCCGAGACUCGGUGGACUUCCUGCGAGGAAAUCUGACUCCUAAAGAGGCGACCAUAUUUGAGCUGCUUGGAGAGGGAUGGACACGACCCAGAGCUGAUUGGCCGAAAGAUCAGUGCGCUCCUCUCUACGUCCCGAAGUUCCGGAACGGCUGGGAGCCGCCGGUGGAACUCUUUCGCACGUCACCAUGGGAGACGGAGAGCGCGGGGCUGCCGAAGUCCCCAAUGCAGUCAGAAUACAGGAAAGAAGAGUUCUUUGGAUCACAGUCAUCGCUCUCGUCAAACGGUUCUUACUCGUCGUCUCCUGCUGCUCGCAAGUAUGCAAAGAUCCGCUACCACUUUGUUGCACGCAACGCCAACGAGCUGUCAGUGCUACAGGAUGAAAUUCUGGAGGUGUUGGAGGAUGAUAAACAGUGGUGGAAGUUGCGGAACAGAAGCGGUCAGGCAGGUUACGUGCCCUAUAACAUCCUGGAUGUUGUGAAACUAGAGGAUCCUCAAGCCAUGAAUGACCCUCCCUACAAUCCGCUAUACAGAGGACAGUCGCCCUCCGGUUCACUGGGCAGUGACAAAGACCUCUCAGGUGGCCACACUCACCAGAUGGAUAAAGUCAAUGAUGAGCUGCUAAUGUUGCUCACCAGCAACAAGAUUAAUCCGCCCACGAGGAACUUCAAGGUGGAGCGUCAGUCCAGCUCCGCUGUCCCUCUGGCCUUCAACUCCAGUCCUGCCCAGGUCACCGGCUGGCUCAAUGCAAAGGGCUUCUCAAAACCCACGGUGGAUCGUCUGGGCAUUCUGACAGGAGCUCAGCUCUUCUCUCUGAAUAAAGAUCAUCUGAAGGCUGUGUGUGGAGAUGAGGGCUCACGAGUCUUCAGUCAGAUCACUGUACAGAAAGCAGAACUAGAGAAGAGUCAAGGAGACUCUGAAUUGCAGGAAAUCAUGAAGAAACGGCAAGAGAAAAUCGAAUCUGCCGCCGACUGAGCGCGCUCACAAGGAUUGGUGUUUUUUUUUCCUGUUGUUAUUAUUAUUAUUAUUAUUAUUAUUAUUAGUGUAUGUACGGACCUUGUCUUAAUUUAUCCACAGAAAUUGUUGUAUGUUGUUCAUGCUAAAAAACACUUGCAACUUUAUUAACUCUUUAAUAGCAUGAAAACAAUGUAUGGGUGAAUCUCUCGAAAACAUAUCCAGGUCAUCUCAGCCAAAAAUAAAUAAAUACAAAAGUAAUUUGCAUGUGCACAUUAUUUUCAUUGCAAGAAAUCAUGACAUGGGGAAAUGUGCUGGAAAUGGCACAAUGCAAACAAAACGAAUGGUCUUAAAUAUAGGCUUCCGUUUUCUGUAAGUUAAAUAUAAUUGAACUUCUUUUUUCCUUUUGACAUUUAGGGUGAAGUAUGAUCUGGACAUGUUCUUGACAGGUUCAGAAACGUUCACAAGACUGUUGUUUAGGGGUUUGAUGUAUGAUUUAGUCUCUUUUCAAAAGCACCCCGUCAAGCUGCAUUUGUAAAUAACGUGCUGAAUCUAGACUUUACCUGCAUGUUCUAAUGCUGAUAAUUAUUAAUGAAUGACAUGAGAAGAGUAAAUGUAUCUAUUAGAUUUAUGUGCAUCUUUUCUCUCAAGUUGUACUGAAUAUUAGUUUUUAUUGUUUUAUAAAGAGCACACUGCAAACAACAACAAAACAAUCAUUUUUGAAUGUGUAUUUUAGUCAUGUUUCCAGUCAAACUUAUAAUUAAAAUAGGAUAAAUUGACUUGAGAAGCCAAAUUAAGAUAUUAAGAUUUUUUUAAACCUCACUGAUUUGUCAAACGCAUGCUUAACAAAUGGCCUAAAAAUAAACUUGAUUCAAGAUAUAUUCUCUUAAAACACGUCUUAUUGUUUGCAAUUGAAUUUAUCGUUUUAAUGAUGCAUUUUAUUGGCAAACAUGACAAAAACACACACAAAAAUAUAUAUUUUUUUGCAGUAAAUUUAUGGACUAUAUGUAUUUUUGUUGGAAGCAAAAUAUCAGCACACUUUCAUGUACAUUUAGAACAGAGAUACUUAAAAAAAAAAAAAAAAGAA